AUACGUCAAAAAUAUCAGGAAUGAAAACAGAGCGGAUCUUCUUCCUGUUUCAGCUCUGAUUGAUUGAUUUAACGGAUCAACUGUGACUGGAAUCCAGCUCAGACAUUAUGAACGGUUCUGUCCAGCAGCAGCGGAGUGGAAGUGUGUAUUUGGAGGAGAAAGUGCAGAAGAAACGCCUCCAUCAGGACGUCGUUCUGAAGCAAACCGCUGUUCUACCUGCAGAUGAGCAGCAGCUGUUGGUGAUUAAAGAAGAAGUUCAGCAGGAUGCAGAGCUUCUAGACAUAAAGGAGGAACAGGAAGACCUGUGGAGCAGUCAGGAGGGAGACCAGCGUAAUGGACAGGAAGAAACUGAUAACACAAGGUUCCCAUUCUCUGCUGUUCCUGUGAAGAGUGAAGAUGAUGAGAAACCUCAGUCCUUACAGAUUCAUCAGAGCCAAAAUGAAGACAACAGAGAGGAAACAAACAGCUCAGCUAAACAAGUGACAACAGAAAGUGAUGGAGAGGACUUCGAAGGAUCAGAAGCAGAUGAAAAAUCUGGUCCAAACAGUAAUUUAAAACCAAAUAGGGAUGGCGAGGCUUCAGACUGUUCCGAGAUAGAAGUCAGUAUUGAUGAUGAUGAGAAGGAGGAAGAGGAGGAGGAGGAGCUGGAGGAUGAUGACUGGCAGGAACCUUUGACAGAUUCUGAAUCUGAAACUAAAGACAGGGACAAUGAUCGUUUGACAUCUGAGUCAGGUGUAAAAACCCUUAAAGAGUCACAUCAGAGACACAUGACAAGUCAUUCAAAGAAUAUGUCUUCCAACAGUUUGGUUAAUAAUAACUGUGUCAGAGCGAAGGAAAAUUCAGAUUCAGAGACGAGCGUCAACACUGGAGAAAAACUAUUUAGCUGUGUUCUUUGCGGUAAAAGAUUUAAACAAAAACAAAAUCUUAAGACACACACGCGAGUUCACACUGGAGAGAAACCAUUUCGUUGUGAUGUUUGUGGCAAAAGAUUUAGACACCAUGAUAGUUUUAAGGCACACAUGAGAAUCCACACAGGGGAGAAACCAUUUGUUUGCGGUAUUUGUGGUGAAAGGUUUACACAACAACAAAAUCUGACAAGACACGUAAGGGUUCACACAGGAGAGAAACCAUUUGGUUGUGGUGUUUGUGGUAAAAGAUUUACACAACAGGGGGUUCAGAAGCGACAUAUGAGAGUCCAUACAGGAGAGAAACCAUUCAGCUGUGAUCUUUGUGGUAAAAGAUUUACCCUGAAAACAUAUUUUAAGCAACACAUGAGAGUUCACACUGGUAACAAAAUAUUUGCUUGUGACAGCUGUGGUAAAAGAUUUAACAGGAAGGCACAUGUAAAAACACACAUGAGCGUCCAUACAGGAGAGAGACCUUUUGGUUGUGAUGUUUGUGAGAAAAAAUUUAAUCGAAAGACAAAUCUCAAAACACACAUGAGAGUCCACACAGGAGAAAGACCGUAUGUUUGUGACAUGUGUGGGAAAAAAUUUGUUCAUCACCACGAUGUAAAGAUACACAUCAGAGUUCACACUGGAGAGAAACAGUUCAGUUGUGGUGUUUGUGGGACAAGAUUUACUCAGCAGGGAAGUCUGAAGAGACACAUGAGAGUCCACACAGGAGAGAAACCAUUUGGUUGUGGUGUUUGUGGUAAAACAUUUACACAGCAGGGAAGUUUAAACAGACACUCGAAAAGCCACACAGGAUAGUAGUUGUACAUUUUCAGGAUUUUAUAUAUAUAUAUAUAUAUAUAUAUAUAUAUAUAUAGAGAGAGAGAGAGAGAGAGAGACUGAAUUAUGUUGUUAUUGUGUUUGUUUUGGUGAUUUUUUCUGUAAAUCACAAUACAUUAACAAUUGCAGUGUAAGAUGUCCAAAACUGAUAGACAUAAACAUUAUUUGUGUUGCAAGCUGUUAAGAUUUAUGAGGUUCUUUACAAAGCGUACCAAAAACAACAUUUUAAAGGCAAAAGCUGAUGUCACAUAUGCUUUAGAUGAUGAAUUGUGAGUACACGCUGUUUUUUUUUUUGUGGUAAUAGGACAAACUGUUGUUGAGCUAGAAACUGGGGCAAAGAUGCCGAAUGGAACCUAACUGAACCUUGUUUUAUUUAGGACAAUAUCACACAACUUAAUUCUGCACAUGGUGCCAUAAAUUUUCAGAAGAAAAUGAUGAACACAAAAAUGUGCAGAUUAGGGUCUUUUCAUGCCAGAUGUAGUUUUAGUAGGUUAGCAUCUUCUCAUUUUUGCUUCACUUUGUGUUAAUUAUCAAUAAGAUAGAGCUUAGUUUUGUUUCUUUGUUGCUAUGUGAUUAUCCUUUCUUUGGUCCCUGUUUUGAAUGUAUUCUGUCAGCAUAAACGAACUGAACCUAAACAGAAUUACAGCUUUAAAACUUA